AUGGCCCCAGCAGUUACCUUGGAUGAAGCGGCGCACACGCUGCCCUCCCGUGCGGGCAAGGCAGCCACCUAUCCGCAACCCCUGAAGCUCACGGGGGCCCUGGAUGAGUUUGCUUAUGAAGACGCGACCCCCGUGAUUGGCCGAGAGUAUCGCAAUGUCAAUAUUGUUGACGACUUACUCCAUGCUGGAAAUGCCGAUGAGCGGCUUCGCGAUCUUGCCAUCACUAUCUCCCAGAGGGGUGUCGUGUUCUUUCGUGCCCAGGGAAACCUCACCGACGAUCUGCAAAAGCGACUGGUCCAUCGACUCGGCCAGUUGACAGGCAAGCCAGAUGCCUCGACACUGCAUAUCCACCCCAUCCUGAACAGCACGUCCGAGUUCGGGGUAGGCGACAACCAGAUCAGCACCAUCAGCUCGCUACAGAGGAAGGCGCUCCUCAAAGCCGGAGGCCAGGUGGAUAAGAGGCGGAACGACGCUGCACUGUGGCACUCGGAUAUCCAGUUCGAACCCGUGCCGGCUGAUUACACUUCGCUUCGCCUCACCAAGCUUCCCACGACUGGAGGGGAUACGCUGUGGGCCUCGGGAUACGAUAUCCUCGACAGGUUCUCGAAGCCCUACCAAAGGUUCUUCGAGGGCUUGUCGGCCACCUUUGUGGGCCAAGGCUUCCUCGACGCCGCCGCCGCAAGGCCCGACAAGGUCCAGAUAUAUGAAGAGCCAAGGGGAAACCCAUCCAACGUGGGGAGAGAGCUGCAGGCGACUCAUCCCGUGGUGAGGACGAACCCAGUGACUGGCUGGAAGAGCCUCUUUGCGCUUGGCCCAUUUCCCAAGUAUAUCAACGGCCUGACGGCCCAGGAGUCGUCGGAGCUCCUGGGUACAUUCAAGCAAACCAUCACCGAGAACCACGACUUGCAGGUCCGUUUCAAGUGGAGGAACAAGAACGAUAUCGCUAUCUGGGAUAACCGAAGCGCAUUCCAUUCGGCAACGUUUGACUUUGAGGGUCUUGGGGAGCGAUUUGGAAACCGUGCUGUUGGUAUCGGAGAAGCACCAUUUCUCAACCCCAACAGCAAGUCCAAGGCCGAAUCGCUGAGCCACGCAGACGAGACUGUCCCUUGA